GCGUGUUAGUUGGUCGAUUAGAGAGUGGACACUGUGUGAUCAGGCAUGUAGAUUUCAUUGAUCAUUACCAGCCUCAAGGGAACACUCUCUACACAUCAUGGAGACGGGAAAGCAAUUGACAGGUACACUGGCUAUCGCAGUGUUCACAGCAGCUCUGGGUUCCCUGCAGUUCGGAUACAGUCUAGGAGUCAUCAAUGCACCCCAGAAGGUCAUUGAGAAGCACUAUGCUCUGUCUUUGGGCGUGUGGUCCGAGAGGUCAGCACUGCCAGAAAACAUCACAGAGGGAGAAAGUCCCCCAGAGGAACAAACGCAUCCUUCCGUGGUCAUGUACUGGUCACUGUCGGUGGCCAUCUUCUCCAUUGGCGGGAUGGUGUCCUCCUUCCUGGUGGGAUUUAUCGGAAACUUUAAAGGAAGGGUGAGGGGCAUGCUGAUGGUCAACGUUUUGGCUGUAGUGGCUGGACUGCUGAUGGGUCUGUCCAGGAUGUGGAAGCCCCACAUCAUGGUCAUUGCGGGCCGCGCCAUCAUGGGCUUCUACUGUGGUUUAACAUCUGGAUUGGUACCGAUGUAUAUUGGAGAAAUUGCACCUAAAGCUUACAGAGGAGCUCUGGGAACGUUACAUCAGUUGGCCAUUGUCAUUGGCAUCCUACUCAGCCAGGUAAUAGGUUUGGAUUUUAUUCUCGGUAACGAUGAAAUGUGGCACGUGCUGCUUGGUCUGUCCGGAGCUCCUGCGGUCUUACAGUCCAUUUUGUUGCCGCUUUGCCCCGAGAGUCCACGCUACCUUUACAUCCUGAUGGGAAAAGAGCAGGAAGCCCGGAAAAGUCUGCUUCGUCUAAAGGGGGCGUAUGAUCCUGCUCACGAUCUGGAAGAAAUGAGGAGGGAGAAGGAAGAAGCAGACAAAGAGCCGAAGGUGUCGAUCCAUUCUUUGAUCCUCUCCUCUGUAUAUAGGAAGCAGCUGUUUGUUGCCCUCAUGAUGCACCUUUCACAGCAGCUGUCUGGCAUUAACGCAAUCUUCUACUACUCUACAGCCAUCUUUACCCAAGCUGGUGUCAGUCAGCCAGUCUAUGCCACGAUAGGAGUGGGGGUCAUCAACACGGUCUUUACUUUGGUGUCUAUUGCACUGGUGGACAGAGCCGGGAGGCGCACUCUGACUCUGGUUGGUCUGGGAGGGAUGUGCUGCUGUGCUGUUGCCAUGACAGUGGGUCUCAAAUUCCAGCAUGACUACUCCUGGAUGAGCUACGUCAGCAUGGCAGCCAUCUUUCUGUUUGUAAGCUUCUUUGAGAUUGGCCCUGGUCCCAUUCCUUGGUUCAUAGUGGCUGAACUGUUCAGCCAGGGGCCUCGGCCGGCUGCCAUCGCCCUCUCAGGCUGCUGCAACUGGACCAGUAACUUUAUCAUUGGCAUGACCUUCCCAUACAUACAGGCUUGGAUGGGCUGCUAUGUGUUCAUCCUGUUUGCCGUGUUGCUUCUCUGCUUCACCAUAUUCAUUUAUUUCCGGGUUCCUGAGACCAAGGGCAAAACAUUUGAGGAGAUUGCCGCAGUCUUCCAAAAGAAAAAGAGGAUCCCCAAAGACAAUGCUGAACUGGAGCAGCUCAAAUCGUCCAGCGAUGCUUAAGGCAGCAGCAGUUACGGUGGCUGCACGGCAACAUUGCUACCAACUGUUCCACCGUGCAUCCCAAAGAUGUCAAAGAGGUCAAAACCUCUUGACCUUAUUCACGUGUUAUCGAGUUACAACAACACACUUUAAAGUGUUUUAUUGGUCAUGUAUAUGAUAGACUGACUCAAAUUAGAGCAUAAUCGUAAAGGGAAAAGACGAAUAUGAUUGGAAAUUAGUUAGCAUGAAGCUAACUAACUUCAUGCUAACUUCAUGCUUUGUGAUGUUGGUUCUUCAGUAUUAAUUUCUAGGAAACCUCUGAGGCUUUCUCAUAACAGUUUAAUUUAUAGAUAUCAAUUGCUUAAGUGACUUUUAUUUAGGUGUUUUAAAGUAAACGGGGCUGAAUACAAAUACAAACAAAACUUUUUUACAUGUUUAUAGCAGCGCUGUGUAUCGUUUUACUUCCACAUCACUGUUAAGCACUACUUUGUGUCGCCCUAUCUCAUAAAAUCCCAGUUAUGUAAAAGUUUGUGUUUGUAACAUGACAAAAUAUUUUCCAAGAAGUACCGUUUAUUAAUGACAUAGUACAUUUAUUUUAAUAUAUCCCUCACCCACUCCCUUCACUUUUUUUUCUACACAACAGCAUCAGUUAAAUUUCGCAAUGUUUACAUAUAACCGAAUUCAAAUUUUUACUACAGUAAUGAAAGUAAAACUUUACUAUUAUAAGUGUUUUACAAUGUCAACAAACCAUUUACCCAGCAUAUGGGGGAGAAAAGUUAUAAAAUUCGUUUUAUGCUAAAUAUCUGUAAAUGUAAAAUGGAAACAACACAUAGUAAUAUGUACAUUAAUCAAUACAUUUGAGUCUUAAAGAAAAACUGCAAAACAAUUGUUGAAGGAGUAAGGACACUAUGAGCAAAAACUGUGCCAGCUCCAAUUACAGCAUGGUUAGCUUGUGUUAUGUGAUCAGCAAUAAAACUGGUCUAAAUGAGGGAUAAUAUAAAAAGCAUAAAAACUGGAAGGCAAAGGCGACAAGUAAAUGAAUUACACCGCUCUGUCUAAAAUCUCCUGCAAAAUUUGACACAAUUCUUCCCUGUGUUGAAGAAUCUGAUAAAAACGUCCAUUUAGUUAGUGGAAUCCAAUGCAGUUUACUUGAACAGCUUCAAUAUUUGAAAUAAAA